UUGCUCUGAAAACAGAAGAUAGAGGGAGUCUCGGAGCUCGCCAUCUCCAGCGAUCUCUACAUUGGGAAAAAAAACAUGGAGUCAGCUCCGGCAGCCCCCGACCCCGCCGCCAGCGAGCCGGGCAGCAGCGGCACCGAGCCGGCCGCCGCUUCCAGGGAGACCCCGCUGAACCCCGAAUCCGCCGCCCGCAAGAGCGAACCCCCCGGGCCGGUACGCAGACAGAGCUAUUCCAGCACCAGCAGAGGUAUCUCAGUAACAAAGAAGACGCAUACAUCUCAAAUUGAAAUUAUUCCAUGCAAGAUCUGUGGAGACAAAUCAUCAGGAAUCCAUUAUGGUGUCAUUACAUGUGAAGGCUGCAAGGGCUUUUUCAGGAGAAGUCAGCAAAGUAACGCCACCUACUCCUGUCCCCGCCAGAAGAACUGUUUGAUUGAUCGAACCAGCAGGAACCGCUGUCAACACUGCCGGUUGCAGAAAUGUCUGGCUGUGGGGAUGUCUCGUGAUGCUGUCAAAUUCGGCCGGAUGUCCAAAAAGCAGAGAGACAGCUUGUACGCGGAGGUGCAGAAGCACCGACUGCAGCAACAGCAGCGCGACCACCAGCAGCAGCCCGGGGAGGCGGAGCCGCUGACCCCCACCUACAACCUCUCGGCCAAUGGGCUGACGGAGCUGCACGAUGACCUCAGCACCUACAUGGACGGCCACACCCCAGAGGGCAGCAAGGCAGACUCAGCCGUCAGCAGCUUCUACCUGGACAUCCAGCCCUCCCCGGAUCAGUCGGGGCUCGAUAUCAAUGGGAUCAAACCAGAACCCAUUUGUGACUACACACCAGCAUCCGGUUUCUUCCCCUACUGCUCCUUCACCAACGGCGAGACUUCCCCAACCGUGUCCAUGGCAGAACUAGAACACCUUGCACAGAAUAUAUCUAAAUCACACCUGGAAACCUGCCAAUACUUGAGAGAAGAGCUGCAGCAGAUCACGUGGCAGACCUUCCUGCAGGAAGAAAUUGAGAACUAUCAAAACAAGCAGCGGGAGGUGAUGUGGCAAUUGUGUGCCAUCAAAAUCACAGAAGCGAUACAGUACGUGGUGGAGUUUGCCAAACGCAUCGAUGGAUUUAUGGAGUUGUGUCAAAACGAUCAAAUCGUGCUUCUGAAAGCAGGUUCACUAGAGGUGGUGUUUAUCAGAAUGUGCCGUGCCUUUGACUCUCAGAACAACACCGUGUACUUUGACGGGAAGUAUGCCAGCCCGGAUGUCUUCAAAUCCUUAGGUUGUGAAGACUUCAUUAGCUUUGUGUUUGAAUUUGGGAAGAGUUUAUGUUCUAUGCACCUGACUGAAGAUGAAAUUGCAUUAUUUUCUGCAUUUGUCCUGAUGUCAGCAGAUCGCUCGUGGCUGCAGGAAAAGGUAAAAAUCGAAAAGCUGCAACAGAAAAUUCAGCUAGCUCUUCAACAUGUCCUACAGAAGAACCACCGUGAAGAUGGGAUACUCACCAAGUUAAUAUGCAAGGUGUCUACAUUAAGAGCCUUAUGUGGACGGCAUACAGAAAAGCUAAUGGCAUUUAAAGCAAUAUACCCAGACAUUGUGCGACUUCAUUUUCCUCCAUUAUACAAAGAGUUGUUCACUUCAGAAUUUGAGCCAGCAAUGCAAAUUGACGGGUAAAGGUUAUCACCCAAGCACUUCGAGAAUGUCUGAAGUAUAAACCUGAAAAAGAAAACGGAAAAAAAAAACAAAACCAACAACAACAACAAUUAAAAAAAAAUAACCAAGACACUUUUUAUGGCCCUGCACAGACAGCCCUGGAGCGUCAACACACUGCACAUUUGUUUUUGUUUUUGUUUUUGGUGAUUGGGGGUCAGGCAAAGGAGGGGAGACCAUGGAAACAAAUAAAAGUUGAACUUAGUUUUUCUCACGCAUAUGAUUUCCAUUUUGCCUACAGAUAUGGACCCUUUUUUCUGUCUUGACGUCUCGAGCUUUGACCUCUGUUUACAGCAGAAGGAUGAUUAGACUAAAGUCGGAGGAUUUUUUUUUUUUCCUCUUCCUUGUAGGUUCACUGCCCGGACUUUCUACAGCUUGACCAGUCUGUACGUUCCAACGGAGAGUCCAACAAAAAACAUCGGUGGCUGGUGUGUUUUGUGUGUGUGUGUGGUGGAGGUAGCAGCAUUGACUUCGCACAACUUUGUUUCAUGAAGGAAGUGUUUUCGUUUUCUCACCAAGUAUUUCCAGUCAGAAGGAUGGCCUGGAAGAGGGACAGAGCUCUACCAACAAUAGCAUUAUCAUAUAUUACAGGGUAAAUGGGCAUGAAGACUAUCUAUAGCUUAAAAAAAAAGAGAUAUUGUUUAUAUAUUGUUUUUAAUUAAUAUAAAAUGUAGUUACUGGUGUAGCUUUUCCUGUUGAAUUGAUUAAGGCACUUUCAUUUUGCACCUUUUUUUUUUCUUUAAAUGAAAUGCUAGCUGUGUUCACUGUCGUGUUCCAUGUACACCAGAAACACAAGUUGAACUGAGAAGGCUUGGAAGGUACGUCGGGAGGUAUUUAUGCUGCUGUUUACAAAAUCACUUUUUAAAAAGACUGGCUGGUCAUAUCUAGAAAUCAACAGUAUUGCAAUUAUUUUCCCCACAUGUGAAAUUCAGAAUUCGGUAUGGAAUUUUCCCUAAAUUAUGCUUUGCUUUUUCUUUUUCUGGUUAAGUUUAAGAAUCGAUGUGUUUAUGCUUCAUACAAAGUUGAACAAUUAGCACUGUGGACUUUCAUAAACCAUCAUGUGCAUUUAAAGACACACAUGCACAUACACACGUGUAUCUUUAAAUGCCACCUUUGGGGGGGUUAGAGAAAAGAGGCUCCUUGUCCAAGAUUCAGUCCUCAUGGCUUUCGUAUCAACUUGGAAUGCUCUGACGACAAAUAAGUAACCAGAAUAUUUAUUCGAAUCUAGAACCCAAAGAUUAUAUCUGGAGCAAUGGCACAUGCCUUGUUUGAGGAAAUAAAGCAUGAUGUGAAUGUUUGAUGUUCUUGGUAUAAUCUAGGAACUCUAAGAGUUCAUAUCUCAAGAGUUCACGGAUUCUAGACUAGCUGUUCCCAGACAUCACGGCUCUACAAUACUGCCCUCCUUGUCUGGCAGACCAUGGGUAGAAGAGUGAGGGAGAUGUUUGAGGGUGAACCCGUUUCUCUUAUUUAAGUAUUUUAAGCCUUUCAAGUGACGUUGAUGCUAGCUGCCAACAUUUACUCUUGUGUUUACCCUCACUAGAAAACUGUGGAUUCUAAUUUAUUUUAUUAAAUAUUUAGGAGAUUGGUUGGCUUGUGUGUUCAAGUGAGAAAUGUUGAGGGUUUUUCUUGUUGUUUGUGUUAUUUUUUAAUAAUCUCAGCGGGAGAGAGAGAGAGAAAUGAACAGUUUGCUGUACACAAGUGUGCAUAUUUUAAUACCCAGGGACCUUUGGGGGUAGUAGGCCUUUACAACAUCUUUCUUUUUAGUCACACUAGGGAUUGGGGCUCAGGUUCCUGGUCUGACAUCCAAGAACAUGGCUCUAUAUACAUGGGAAUAUAUCCUAUGGUGUAAAAGAGGGAGUCUCCCUGAAACCCUUUCCAUUCAAGAGCCUCUUGCAACAUGAGGGGCCCUCUAGAAUCUUCUGAAGGAGAUGGCCAGGGCUGGCUUCCCAGAGACUUCACUCUGUGUAACUCCACUGACUCUGCGACUUGUUUCCCAAGGGAUUUAGAACAGGGGAAGGAAUUAUUCACACAGAAGUGUGUAUGAAGCCUAAAUAACAUCCAAAAAAAAUUUUUUUUCAAAAAUAUAGUAAUGGUUGAACCAUAAAUAGAAGAGUAAUAUUUACUUAACUAUCUUACAGGCAUAUAAAAUUUUAUGUGAGUGUUUAUAUACAGAGGUUAACUGUCAGCAUAUAGUAUUUAUAUUUGGGCAAGAAGGGUUAAAUCAAAUUUUUAUUUAAGUACAUAGUUCCUUUAAAGAUUCAUAGUAUUUAUACUCAGAAGAGUACCACGUUCAGUUAUUUAUUUGUCCAGUAUUUUUUCUGUUAUUUCCUUUGGUGAGGUGGGUGGGGGUAGGGGUUGUUUUGGUUUUGGUUCUGGUUUCCCUUUUGGUGAUUCAGAUUCACUAAAUUUGGGGGGUUUAUUAAAGUAUAUUAACUUGUUUUUAACCAAAGCUUUCUGAAUAUGACCAGCCUCAGGUGCUAGCAUAUUAAAGAGCAACUAAACCUAAUUCCAGUGUCCAUUUGUGAAGAAGAAAAGCUAAUUGAACUUCUCUAAGGGUGAGAGAGAAUGUAAUGUCAAACUUAGGAAUUGCUUUUCUCAGAAAGGAUUUUACAUGUACCUGAUUUGGAAAAAAAAAUAAAAAAGCUCUAAUCUCAGUAAUAGUUAUGCCAUGGUGACAUUGCUUACAUAAUCAACUAUAAGUAAUAUAAUGCUGCUUCUAGGUGUUUCUGAAUGAAAAGCAGGGGGUAAACUUUCAAAGCAAAGUCCACCGACAGUGUGAGAACAGAACAGGAGAGAGACAGACAUGGGCUCGGAGAAAAGGAGAGAAUUCUUUUCUUGGAUCUGAGAUGGGAUCUGAAGCUCAACAAAUAAAUGCAGUUGAGAGAAAUAUGGAGUCCAGAGAAGGAUGUAAAACCUUUACAUUUUUAUUUUCUCCCUUAUUAGUUAAAAACACUCAUGGAGUGACAUAAAAAUCCUGGAUGAUACCAAAAGAGAUCAUCUUAAUAGUUCAUUUAAUCAGAGUAUCCUAAACUUCAGUGUCCACAGUCUUUUAAGGACUAGAACCACUUUGUAGUCAGCUUGGCUACUGUAGUUUUCUUUAUAUACUGUUUUUUACAUAAGGCCAAUAAGCCAUUUUUAGUAUAUAUAUGUGUGGUGUCCAAGCAAUCAAAUUAAUAUUGUGAAGUACUGGCAUUAGUCAACAAUAAAAUCAAAAGGGUAGGUGAAAGUGUUUUUGGACAGACUGAAAAUUGUGUGAAAGCUAUGGAUUUUUAAAAAUAAGUGUUCAACAUCCUUUUUAUUUUAUUUUAUUUUUUUGAGCUUGGGAUGUUUUGGGUUGUUUCUUUUUUUUUCAUUUUGUUUAAGUCUUCAGCAUCCGAAUUCACCCUUCCUAACU